AUGGCGAUCUUAAGGGAGCGCGGUGUCCUGAAGUAUGUUGAUGGGACAUCGGAGAAGCCGAAGCCAGUAGAUGCAGCGACACUAACACCGGAAGAGAUGGCGGCAACCAAGAAAUGGAUCGAGGGCGAUCAGAAAGCCCAGACCGUUAUCGAGCUGCUGUUGAGCGACUUGCAGAUGAUACACAUCACAGACGCUACAACGGCUGUGGAGAUGUGGAACCAAUUGAAGUUAGUAAAGGAGGCGAGUGGACAACUGGGGAUAAUGGCAUACCGAAGGAAAUUCUACCACACAGUUGCCACAGAAGGCAGCGAUAUUGCGGCGCAUAUCACGGAGCUCCACCGGACACAGGAGCAGCUACACACAAUGGGUAGCAAGGUGUCGGAUGAUGAAUUUCGAACGAUCCUGAUCACAUCGUUACCAGAGUCUUGGGACCAGUUCACAUCUGCAUACCUAGCUGCAACUAGUCAGAAGGACACGCUGCCGACAUUCAUGCCGCUUGAAGCCUCAUCGAUCACCGGCAUUGGUGACCAGAGCAUACGCGCACUUGGGCGCGGCACUGUGGAAGUCAAUAGCAGGAUAGGCGAUAAGACUUUUACCUUCUGUCUGAAGGAUGUGUUAUACGCACCAAAAGCAACGAAUAACUUAGUGUCGCUCACCCGUCUGGACGAGGUGGGCGGACACUUUGAUGGUGGUGAUGGAGGGAUAAUGCUACGGGAGAGUGGCGGCCACGCCAUCGCUGAAGGCCGGAAAAUCGGCCGUUUGUACUUGCUCGAUAUGCGGGCCAAGAUCGCGACGCCGAUGAACGAACACAUGAAUGUUGCACAUGAAGAUAAUGACUCGUGGGAGUCAUGGCACCGAAGAUACGGACAUCUGGGUAUCACUGGAUUAGAACGGCUAUACAAGGAGAAGAUGGUAGAAGGACUUACCAUUGAUGAAAACUCAAUGCCACUCACGCAGUGCGAAGCCUGCGUACAAGCUAAGCAGGCACGUCGUGCAUACCCGAAGGAGGCGGAGGACCGCUUCCAGAUGCCAGGCGAGUUGACGCAUAGUGACGUCUGGGGCCCCGCAUGUGUAGUAUCGAUCGCCGGAUCGCGUUACUACAUAUCGUUCACAGAUGACUGCACGCGGAGGUGCCAAGUCCUGUUCAUGAAACAUAAAAGUGAGGCUUUUGAAAAAUUGAAAGAAUACCUCACCUUUAUUGAACGACGCUUCGGGCACCUGCCAAAGAUCGUGCGUGUUGACAAUGGGUCCGAGUACAUCAAUAAAAACCUGAAAGGGUGGUGCUGUGAGAAAGGAAUUGAGCUGCAAACAACAGCGCCACACUCACCUUCGCAGAAUGGUGUAGCCGAGCAAUUUAACCGAACCUUGCUCGAGCUUGCACGCGCGAUGUUGAUCACAAAGAAUCUUCCAAGCUUCCUCUGGGCAGAAGCUGUUGCAUAUGCAGCAUACCUGCAAAAUCGAGCGCCGACGAAGGCACUGCAUGGGAGAACCCCGGAAGAGGCAUGGACAGGCAAUAAACCCAAUGUUGCACACCUACGAGAAUUCGGAUCAGAUGUCUGGAUUCUGACGGAAGGUCAGAACCUCUCAAAACUCGAGCCAAAGUCGAAGAAGCACACCUUCGUGGGUUUUGCUGAUGGCCCGAAGGCCGUGCGCUACUACGAUGCAGGUGCAUGCUCGAUCCGAGUCUCACGAAAUUUUGUGUUUGCAGAUGCCCCGAAACCAGCGAGUAACGUCCCUGUACACCAGUUCAAUGAUGGGGACAGGCUGCCGCUCGAGGGGGAGUCAGAGGGAGCUGUCAAGCAGCAGCCUCCCACAUCUGCAUCAAAACCAGCAUCAGUACCUGUCAAAGCUGAUCAGUCUAACAAGAAACACGAUGGAAACCACAUUACGGAGGAAGACUUACCUCCCAAGAUGCAGGAGAGCAUGCGAGAGCGACCGACAUUCUUGCCUGCACCCCCGAAGAUCCCUCUUUGUCGUACGACCCACGCCAUGCAGGAUCACGACUAUCAAAAGAUGGAUAACCCCCACGCGCAGCCCGUGAAGUCACGCGAGCCGCCGGGAGUGCUGAAAGAGAAUGCACUGGGUGAAAGUGCAAAAGUCGCUGUGACACCCGAAGACUUCAAAGAGAUCGCGCAGGUGCUCCUCACGAAGGCCCAAGCCUCUCCGGAAUGGUCAGAAUGGGAAAAGGCUGUAAAAGCGGAAUAUGAUCAGUUGCAGGGCAUGGGGACUUGGGAGCUACAAGACUUACCAAAAUAUCGAAAUGCUGUGGGCUGCAAGUGGGUCUUCCAGAGGAAAACCAACAAGGAGAGUCAGGUUGUCAAGUACAAAGCCAGAUUGGUGGCACAGGGGUACUCACAGAUCCCAGGGAUGGAUUUCCUUGAAACCUUUGCCCCUGUAGUUCGUCUUGAGUCCAUCAGGGCCAUCCUAGCAUUAGCAGUAGUUAAUAACUGGGAAAUAGGCCAGAUGGAUGUCAAGGGAGCUUACCUGAAUGGAGACCUCCAGGAGGAGAUCUAUAUGCGACAGCCGGAAGGCUUCGAUGAUGGAAGUGGACGCAUUUGUCGACUCCGUAAGACGCUCUAUGGACUAAAGCAGUCCGGGUGCAAAUGGAACCGCAAGCUGCAUCGCGAGCUGAUGGAGCUCGGGUACAAGCGGCUGGAGGCGGAUCCAUGUGUAUACCUGUGGGAGCGAAAGGAAGGAGAAGUUCAGAUUAUCACGGUAUGGGUGGAUGACCUACUGUUAUUCACCAACUCUCCGAAGCUCAUGGAGGAGCUCAAGCGUGACCUGCAGGACCUCUUCGAAGUCACGGACCUUGGUGAGCCGCAGAAAAUUGUUGGGAUUGAAAUUGAGCGAGAUAGGGAAGCGGGAACACUUCAAAUCUCGCAACAGCACUACAUCGAGAGCAUUCUCAAGCGAUACCAGUUUGAGAAUGCCAACGCUGUAGGGAUGCCGCUCGAUCCGAACGUGGUGCUCACGGUAGAGGACAAGAACGAGGAGGCAGACAACCGUUUGGUGGGAGGUUACGCGUCGAUGGUGGGAUCGCUGAUCAUGCCCACGACCUGUCCAUUGGACAGCGGCAAAAUGCGUUCUACGGUACCUCGCAGGAACACGUGA